AAAAAAAAAAAGACAGAUGGGAUUAGAAAAUGUUGCAGUGAAGACUCUGGAAUGAGAUGAGAUCACAGCAGCAGCCUGUCUUUUGUGGAUCUGCACAAUGAUCCCUGAGCCAGACUGGAUUAGGAAAGCUCGAGACUAGGGGUUCAGGGAGAGGCUUCCGGUUCCCGGCACUUUGGGGGAGAGGAGGCUGAAACGAUGCAUCAGAUUUACAGCUGCAGUGAUGAAAAUAUAGAAGUUUUCACCACGGUGAUCCCUUCCAAGGUGUCCAGUCCAGCCAGAAGAAGAGUCAAAAGCUCUCAACAUCUCUUGACCAAGAAUGUGGUGAUCGAGUCAGACCUUUACACGCCGCGGCCCCUGGAGCUGCUGCCGCACCGCAGCGAGCGCCGCGACGCCGAGGGCCGCAGGUCGGGCCGGCUCCAUGGCGCGCGGCCGCAGGGCCCCCACCUGGGCAAGGCCCCGGCCAGACCCGUGGGGAUUUCAGAAACCAAGUCAUCAAAUCUGUGUGGGAAUCGAGCAUAUGGAAAAUCUUUGAUUCCUCCGGUGGCCCGGAUCUCGGUGAAAGCCCCCGGCGUGCUGGAGGCCGCAGCCAUGGGCUCGGAGAACGGAGGUGUUCUGACCAGAGGAUCCAGACAUCUCAAGAAGAUGACUGAAGAGUAUCCAACCCUUCCCCAGGGAGCAGAAGCCUCCCUACCGCUGACAGGAAGCGCUUCCUGUGGUGUCCCUAGCAUCCUCCGGAAAAUGUGGACAAGGCACAAGAAGAAGUCUGAAUAUGUGGGAGCUACCAACAGUGCCUUUGAGGCUGACUAAAGGUGACCUUCCCCAGGUGCCCUGCGUUGGCCAGAGUUCACUGCAUAAUGGGGGAGGAAGCUUCCAGAUUGGAACUGAGCCGCAUUCACCUCUGCUACUAGCUGGUCCAAACACACCACCAUCUCUUACUAACGAUAGCCCUGGCUUAGGGUACAGGCAAGGAACCCGCCUUCGAAGGCAAAAGAAAAGGGUGCCUUCUUAGAAUCGAUAAAGUCAUGGAUCUGAAAGUGGCUUCGGGAGGUCAUAGAGGUUAUAUCCCUAUCUUUAAGCAAAACCACACCACAAUCAAAUUUUCCCAACCUAUUUUAAAGACCUCCAAGGAAGGAAGCAGGCAGUUCCUCAGUCUUCCUUGUGAGUUGUUCUAAUGUGUGUGAUUCCUGGUAUAAAUAUAAGAGCUUGAUGUUUGAGGCACUUGUAAACACAGUGGUUCUUACUACUCCUCUUAUCACAUUUAUUUCAUCUUGACAAGGUACAAUUUUUAAUGACAAAGCACUCUAUAUUUACUUAUAGUUCUAAUAUCCAUUUGACAGUAUUGUCAAGAUCAGUAUUGAUCAUUUGGCAUGAUUGCAUGAAUUCUCUAUUCUACGUGCAGCUUUUCUAUAGAAAAACAUGAUUAAAAAUUAAAUGUUGAAUGCUAAUGUUUUCUGAAGUGGCAUAGUCUAGUGAAAUUAAUAAUGCCUUGCAGUGGCAAAAUGAUUCUAACUUUUGAAAGUGUUUCCCAUCCGUUAUCCCCAUUAAAGAAAACACACUUAUUCCCAGUCUACAGAUGAGAAAGCCAAGGCCUUAUGAGAUUUUGUGAUUAGAUAUGGUUAGUGGAACUGGAUACUAGGUCCUCAAGCCCACCAGACUCCUUUCUUUGCUUACUUUUUUAGCAACUGAUUUGAGGAUAGUUUUGAGGGGUAGGAGUAUGUCUCCAGGGGCAAUGUUUGAAAGGAAAAAUUUGAUAAAGUUGGAAAAAGUAAGUGAUUUAAAUGAAAUAUUAACUAUUGGGUUGAACUUGAAGAAAUUGCAUCUCUGUAAGUCAGAAACAACUGAUCAAUUUCAUGUGAUUCAACCUAAUAUAUUAAUGCAAUGCUUUCCUUCUUUUAAUGGAAAUGUCAUCAAUCCCACUGUUAACUUCAAUAGGCUUAUGAUAAUAAUAUGAUAAUGACACCUCCCAUUUAUUAAAUGCCUACCAUGUGUCAGACAUGACACUGAGCACUUUACAUUCAUUCUUUCUGUCCAACAACUUUGAGUUAGAUGUCCUUAUCUAUUUAAUAGAUGACAGUUUAAAGCAGUUAAAUGAUUAGCCUGAAGGUGCCUGACCCAUCUGGUAUCAGGCUUCAUUGCCUGUGUAUCCGUGUAUUCACACAGAAUAGUUCAGAACAUAGAGAAGGAUCAAGGUUAGCAAAUAAUUUUCAUCUCAAACGCUAGAUACAAAUGAUUGGCAGAGGCCGCCUGGAGUGCUGUGUGGAGGUAGGCCUGAGAUCCAGGAGUGCAGUGGUCAGUUAGAAAUGCCUGCCUGUGGAGGGCAUUAGUGGCACAUAACCCAUAAAUCUGUCACCUGUAGCCUCGACUCUGUCCCAGAAGGCUUGUUUUCUAAUUCAGAAACUUGAAUUAAUCUUACCCAUUUAGCAAAAUCAGAUACUCCAUGGUGAAAGUCUAAGACUAGGUUGGAAAUCGCCAAGUUUUAGUACAAUGAAGAAUGUGGCCAUGUUACCAGUCCAACUCAACAGUUAUUCAUAAGCUAUCGCUCUGUGGCCACAUGUUGCCUUUUGCUAAGUUACCUGUUUCCAUGGCCCCAGUGAGCCAUAAGGAGGCAUGGAGGAAGAAGAGGCCUGGCCCUCUGGGCUUUCAUCUUGCUGAUCCUUGCCCUUCAGCCAUUGUUUUAGAUGCUCAGCCCCCAGUCCUCACGUUAUAACAUGAUUUGGAGAUUUGGGCAUCGAGUGCUCUUUCAAUGAAGGACUGGUCUCAAUGGACUAAGAGUCUUACACAGUAUAGAUUACAGGGCCUGGAAAAGAGUUAGGGAGCCAGUAGGUGAUUAAUGCCAGACCUAUCAAUCAGAGAAUCCCAAAACUAUUUAUUUCAGCUUAUUUAAUUUGUAGCUGAUGUCGUCUAUUUGUAUGUGGCACCUGGAGAUUUCCGUAGGAUGGAACUAACUUAUUUAUUUUUAAUUUAAAUAUUUCAUGAUGAAGUGUUUGCCUUGCAUAGAAUGUUUUAACUGACCGGUUCAAAUAUAAAUAAAGUAUGCUUUGUUUGUGACACCAAUAAACCACCACAAGAG